AUGACUUCAGCAGCAAUGGCACGGCACCACACCAUUUCUCUCAGCAAACGUUCGGUUCAUACGCACCUCAAGUUGGACCCCCCUACACUCAAGCCGGCUUACCUCUCGGAAUCAAUCAAUCAUCUACGCACCCCAUUCCGGUCGCCCCAGAAGAUGAAGUUGUGCAGCACCAACCCGCACAAUGUACACGGCGACCGCGAUAUUUGCAGUCGCCGAGGUAUCUUCCUCUUUGUGAAGCAAACAGUGAGAUAG